CCCUGUUCCUGCAAACAAAGCUAUUAAUAUUAUCAGCUACUGAGCAUCUCCCUGGGAAUUUACUGCAUGCCAGGUACUUUGAGUUACAUGGAUUGUCACACUUAAUCUACAUAAUAACUUUAUGAGAUAGGUGCUAUUUUCUCCUGUUCUACAGAUUAGGGAAAUGAGGUUUAAAGAGGAUAAGUAAUCUGACCCAUAUCAUUUUCCCAGUAAAAAAUAAGGCUGGAAUAUUAACUUGGCAGGAGUCUGACUCCAAAGUCUAUGUGAACAAUCAUGAUGCUAUACAGCUUCCUGAGGAGCUGGGAGGGGAUAAUCGAGCCAGGCAUUAACCCUCUCUACCACCUGCACAGGGAUCAUUCAGUUCUGGAGAGAAGCCUGUGAAGUCCAGGCCACUGUGUACAGUUCUUCAGGUUGUGCACUGCUCAAGCAUAACACACAUUGAGAUGCCAUUCACAUUGUGGAUGUGUUCUUACUUACAUGGGAGGCUAUAUGUGUUUGUGAAGAUCUGGAGCUCCGGGACUGGAGCUCAAGACCAAGUCCUGGGAUAGGAGCACACACAGCUGUGCACGCAGUCAAUGCACAUGCACAUGUGCAAGACUAACUUUUCCCAGCCACACUCCAGACAUCCUAUGGAGCUGUUUCUUUCCCUCUCCUAUUGCUUUCAGUGACUCAAUUACUACUCUCACAUUUGUCUUCAAACCUGGGAGGGGAACGCACAGAGAACACAUGCUGCCAUGUGGGUUAUCCAAAUUAUGCAACAAUAUACUAACACUUCCAGGAAAUUUUUUUUUCCUAAGGAAGAGGUGCCCUGUCUAAUUGGCCCAAGGGGGCUGCAUUGUCUAUCAGAGACUUGUGAGAGUCUUUAACUGUCAUCUGCAGCACUUCCAUCCCCGCGAGGCCUUUAGUUGCUGAGUGCUUGGCCUGUACCAGCCAUUAUAAUGUCAGUUUCAAACCAACAGAGACAGGCAGAUCACAUAAUCUUUACAAGGAAAAAAAAAGAAGAAAGCUCACCCAUAAGAUAUUUUCUGAAGGGAAAUAUUGGGGUAUUUUCUCAGCAGGUCAUGCAUCUGGCUAAGCCACGCUUGCCAGUGUUCUUUUUCCAUGGAGAUCAUCUCAUUUACUGUAUGGCACUUUGUCCAGAGUAUGAAUAAGAAACCACCAGGCACGCAGUUGAACAGGAGGCAGCGACCCAGACGGCCUCUGCCUGGUUGCUGAAGGGGCCAGGUCAUCUAGAAGUCGCCAGCUGCCAGCCAGAUAGCAGGGGAAUUCCUCUCCUGAAUUUUGUCUCUGCCAGCUUGUUACAUCACUUAUCUGGGAGAAGCCUGAGUGGGAGGCUAAGCUGGGGCAUCCUGAAAAGGCUGGGACCCUGGACUAGAGGGGAAAUGUGAGGCGAAGAGAGUGGAUCAGUGCGUUUCCCUUGAAGCUCCUGUCACAGCCCUGGAAAAGUUCUGCAGGAAUAAGUGACAGUAAGAACGACAAAGGACCAGGACUGGCUCCCUCUUAUAAGGCAUCAAUCCAAGGCCUGGGUCAUAGUGACUCGCUGCACUUUGUGGGAGGUGAGUGGCUGAGGAUCCCCUGCACCUCCAUCUUCAAGUGUGCACCCCAGCUGCUUUCCAACAAAGCCCUCUGUCUCAAGCUUUCAAACAAAGAAACCAGAAGACAUCCAAGCGUCAGCAUCUCAAAGAGAGGAAAAGAAAAGUUCGAGUGGAUUUUAUUUCUGGAGUGAGAUGGAUGGAAAAGCCCCAACUGAGCCGGGAGAACAAAAGUGCUUUUUGCAGGUCACCAGCCAGAGGGCAGGAUGGACAAUGCAGAUCCUCUUCACACUAUGCCUGCUGCACGGCCUCAAAGCCUGGCUGGGAGAAAGGAGAAGCCUUCAGCUGGCCGCAAAUGCAUUGAAGGGCCCGAGGCUGGUGACCGGGGAGCCAGGGGGAGCUGUCACCAUCCAGUGUCGUUAUGCCCCCUUGUCCAUCUACAGGCACCAGAGGAAGUACUGGUGCCGCCUAAACCCCCUGACGUGGAUCUGCCACACCAUCGUGUCCACCAACAGCUACACUCACCGUCAGUACCACGGCCGCGUGGCUCUCACAGACUUCCGACACAGUGGCUUAUUUGUGGUGAGGUUGUCCCAGUUGUCCCCAGACGAUGUGGGGUACUACCGCUGUGGCGUCGGAAACCAAAACGACAUACUGUUCUUCAGCAUGAACCUGACCAUCUCUGCAGGUCCUCCCAGCACCCUCCCUGCCGCUGCUGGCGAACUCCUCACGGGAUCCUUUGGAACAGCAACACUGGCGGCCAACAGAGGGACCCCAGGAACCGCCCAGACCAUAGAAAGACAGGGGACAGGAUGGGAGAGAGCUGCUGUGACUCCAGGAACCAGCAAAACAACAGCUUCAGCUAAGGGAAGGCCAAGCCCAGGAACAGCAGGGGCAGGAGCGCCAGGGACAGACAACUGGGUAGAUGCUUCCCUCUGGGCAACCGUCUCCAUUCCAAGGAGUCCGGCUGCAGCCACCAGAGGUGUGUCUGAUAUGACAGAAGGUGUCUGGGUGCGGGGCUCCAGAAGCUCAGUAGCGGGUGGGGCUGGGGUUAGCGAGAGAGAGAGGGAGAUAAGUCCCGAAGCCGAUAGGCCAGGAGAGGAAACAGAGAGCAUCAGAAUAGCCCUGGAUGCAGCCAGGAAGGUCAUGGGGACCGUUAGGCCAUCAGCCCUGGUCUCAGAAAAAUGGUUGCGGGAAACCCUCCGAGAAGCAACAUCAGUUUCUAAGGCACAAGUCCUGUGCUCCACUGCAGGAACUUCGCCAUCUGCAGGCAUGUGGACCUUGGGGCCCAGCGGCUUGGAGACGGCAGCUGCAGAGGGAAGUGCUGACAGGGACUUAGACACCGCUGACGGAGACCGUGGUCCCCAAGCCACACCAAACCAGGCCCCGGCAUCAGGGCCCCAGAGGCCCCUGGAGAAGGGGUCCUCCAUGAAAAGUGCUUCUCCAGAAGAGAAAAGCAUUUCUCGGGUCCUGACUCCGGUCUCUACCAUGCUGCUCCCCCUUAUGUUUGUGGCUCUUGCUCUACUGCAGAGGAAGCUCCAGAGAAAGCAGAUGUCUCAGGAGGCAGGAAGGGCAGCAGGAGUCACCUUGGUUCGGAUGACACACCUCCUGGCAUGCCAGCCUGACUGUCCCGGAGAAGGACCCUGGACCUUGAACAUGGAAGGAUCAGCUGCUCAGACACCAUGGAAGGAGAACCAGGACCAAACACUGUGACUCCAGCCUCUUGUCAUUCUGUCUCAACCAGUACAGAGGGAAGCUGACCGAGCUGGGGCUUCAUCUGGGGAAGUAAACGCUGACCACCCUGGAGCCUAGGAAGGUCAGACACUUGCCAAAGGUGACAGUGACUCGAAGAAGGUUCAAAAAGGAUUCUUAAACACUGGUGGAGGUCACCCAGGAAAAGUGUGGAAUUUCCAUUCCUGGAGGUUUGAAAACAUAAGGGGCUUCCAAUCUGGGUGAAAAUUAUGAAUUCUCACCAUCACUCCUGGUCCUUGCUAGAUGCCCACUUUCUGAUGCACUCAGCCGACUGCCCACAGUUAAUUACAUUCAUGAAUACUGGGCUUGCCUUCUCAAGUAGAUGCUAAGCUCCUUUGGGGCAUUAAUUGUGCUUUAUCCAUCUCGCUAUGCCCCAGAGAACUUCCAGCUCAAUAGGACUCCCAACUCAAUGUGACUGAACGGCUGCCAUGCACUCAGGCCCCUGGAGGGCAAGCAGGUGCUCUGACUUCCCUUCAUCUGGGCAUCCCCUGGAUGACUCCAUAGGCAGGUGGCUUCUACAUAGAGACCACAAGGGACACCACCCAAUCCUCAAACCAUCACUUUCCAUUUGUCCCCAUACUCAUUAUGCUGUAGACCUUUUCACCCAGUCAAGACUUUCUGGGAUUUUCCUAAAUUCAUGGAAGAGGAGGGUAUUUCUCAGUAGAGUCUCGCCUUCUUCAUAAAGUUCCUCUUGUUCGACUGUUUAUAAAUCUUUGAUGUCACAGAUGGCUGGUGUGGCUGGAAACGGGUUGGGGGUGGGAGUAAGAGAGAAGACAGCCAGGAGGAAUUUUAUGUGGAUUCUGCUUUAGAAGCACUUCAUUUCAUGCCUGUUGGGGGACUUUUGCUCCACCCGUGGUCCUACUGUCCCUUUAGGAGUCGUAUCUGCUCUUUUAUUUUGCCAAAUCUGUUAACCAGCUGUCUGAGCUUCGUGUUUGGCUAGAACAGUCUUUGAGUGAUGGAAGAGAAAGGAAGGGAAGGCUCCAACAUCCAGCUGAGAACUGAAGGACAGACAUUCCCAGAAGGCUCGGCCCUGUCUCCUGAGGCUGUCAGCAGCACCGUUACCCCUUUGUUGAUACCACCUCAGGGCUGGUGCUGAACCCUGACACUCUCCCAAGGAAAUCAAGGAGAGGCAUUCUUCACAGUUACGACAGGGACCCCCAUUAUUUUGGAAAAGUAGGGAAGUUGCACGCAUCGAACCAGCUGGCAUCAUGAAAUUUCAGAGCUAAUAGAUCCUUACAGAUAAACCAGUCCUAAACCUUCCAUGUAGGGUGAGGUGACCGAGGACCCUUGGAGGAAGUAACUUGUCGAAACCUAGUUAAUAAAACCAGAGUGAGGACGAGAAAAGGGAACUCACGACUUGAUCUAGUGCUUUCUCCAUUUCCCAAGCACUGAAAAAUGGAUCUAAGACAAACUCGAGAAAAAAAUCAAUGACAUCAGAGUUUUCUUGUUCCAGGCCAUUUUCAUGCACAGUAUCUCAGUGACCUGCCUGAAAACCCUGGGAGAGCUGUAAAGAGAGGACAGCCACCAUUACUCCAUUCAGCCACUGAGGGAACAGGUCCUGAGGGGGACAUAAUUCAGCCAA